CAAGGUCUGGUCUCGGCCUUUUGCAUUUGCAAAAAUUCCGCCUGAAAUAAAGUUUCUGCUUUAUUUAUUAAAACUUCAAUAAGAUGAACACAUUGGCAAAGUCACUUCAGUAUGUCCUCAAUAACGUCCCCAAAUUAUGGUCUCACUGAACUUUCAAAGUAAGCAAGACGGUGAGAAAGAGGACAUUCCUCAAGAUAAUUCGAUUUAAAUAUAUGGAAAAUACACCAAACUGUCUGGUUUCCUGGAUUUUUCACACAAAUAACUGGACAUUAAACCACCUGUUGAGUCGGAAAAAGAAAAAGAUUGAUGGUGGACCAAAUCUUUUAUUUCAAAGUUGGAUAACCGAAGCUAUGGAAAAUGCAUUUGUCAAAGAUGCCAAAUCAUACUAUGCUUACAGAAAGGCUCUUUCUUCACUUAAAAAAUACCCACUAUUGUUACAAAGUGGAAAAGAAUGUAAAAUUUUAGAAGGUUUUGGAGCAAAACUAUGUGAUUUCUUAGAUGAGAAAUUAAAUAAUUACGCUGAAGAUUUGCAGUUAUCAGCAAUAGAAGCGCUACAUUAUGGUAAUAAAAAUAUAAAGGAAUCAAUAAUGUCAUCGAUUAUAACGGCAACUAAAACAAAGUGUUGUAAGAUAAACCAGUUGCCAACUGAAAAAGAUGUCCUUCUAAAAGAACUCAACAUUAAUUCAACUGACAAUGAUAUAACUCCCCCAAACCUCAUACAAACAAAUGCAACUCAUGAUAAUGUCACCUCUGAGAUAAUAAACAAUGAAAAUUUGAUUCCCCAAUAUUCAGUCUGUGCAAAAAAGAUUCUGGAAGUAAUUAAAAGUUCGAAACAUCCUUCAGGGUGUAGUAUGUGUGAAUUAUCAGCAUAUUUUCGAAAUCAUGAACAAAUUGAUCCACAAUUAAUUCAAUAUGAAAUUGAUAAGUUGGUUAAUACGAAGAUUGUACAGUAUGUUAAUGACUCACCACCAAGGUUGAAAGUAACAGAUGUUGGAUCAAACUUAUCUACUUCAAUGUGCUCUAAAUCAGAAAUAUCACAAAAAGAAACCGAUUAUACAACUGAAACAACUUUAGAUUUGAAGUGCUCAACGGACUCCUCGAUGUCUACUGAUCUAUCUGAAAUGAGCUCUUAUGGAUUAUAUUUCACAUAUGUAGAUGAACAUAAUAAUCCUGUUCAUUUAAAACGAAAUGCACAUCAACGUGAAUAUAAUUUGGAUGGUGAAGUAAACUUACCUGGUUAUCGUAUUCGUUGUAUUUAUGAAGAUUUAAUUAUUUCCGGUGUAUCUUAUCGUAUAGAUUGGAGUAGUUCAGGGUUAACAGAAAACGGCAUAACAUAUACGUAUGCUUACUUACUUGAUCCUAAUGCGCCUAACCUGUGUACAAAUCCUAUAUCAAGUAUAAAAUCUAUCGAUACAACCAAUAGUAGUGCGAUGCUAACUACGUCUUCAACUACUUUCACGUUUAAACCAAUAUCAAAAGUUAAUAACUCAACUAGUCUGGAGACUGGAAUUAAACGAUGCAAAUCUCAAGAAUCUGUUUCACAUAAUGGUCUCACAAGUAAAUCAAGUCGAAACUGUACAAAUUCGGUAGCACCAGAGGUCACAAUGCAACCAAAAUCUCCUACUCACUCACAUCCAAUUUUGACCCGUCAACUAAGUCUACCAGGAACAUCUGAAAUGAUUUCAUUAAAUCGUGCUAUGACCAAGUAUAGCUCACAAACAUCUGGUGAACCUCCGAAUCCACAUAUUAUUAGUACUAGAAACUGUUUGAAUCCUAUUGGUGACGAACUUCAAAAACACCAAAUUUCGUCGUCGUCAUCAUCAUUAACACCUUUUAUCGUUCCAGCUAAUUCUUAUGAAAUUAUUCUUUUGGCUGAUGUUCGUGAAAAUUUCGGGUCGAACAAAGUAAGACAAAUGCUUCCAACUGUAUUUCAAAAGUACAGUAUCAAAUGUGAAUCAAGAGCACUUCCUGUUGGGGAUUUUCUUUGGAUUGCACGAUGGCGAAAUGAAUCAGAUUGUUUAAUGGAAGCUGUACUGGAUCAGAUUGUUGAACGUAAAAGAAUGGACGAUUUAGCACAUAGCAUUGUUGAUGGGCGAUUCAGAGAACAAAAGUAUCGUUUAAAACGUACAGGUUUAUUACAGUUGAUUUAUUUAAUCGAAGAAUGUUCAAUGAUGCACAAUCAGAAAGUCGCUUAUGAUGUUUUAAUACAAGCAACUUCAAAUGCACAAAUGAUCGAUGGUUUACAUAUUAUGACAACUAAAAGUCUUGAAGAUACUGUAGAUUUACUCGCUGCACUUUCGCGAAGACUUCAGUCACGUGUUUCAAAUGAUUUGUACGUUAAUCAAAAAUCUAAUGAUAUGCCUUUCAAGUUGAACACUUUAAAUGCAUUGAGUUGGUGUGAGUUUGUCAAACUUGCAAAUAAAUCACCGGAUCCAAGCAUACGUGAUAUUUUCGCUAAACAUUUAAUGCAGAUUCCUGGAUGUACUGGUCCAAAAAUCACUUCAAUUAUGGAAAAAUAUCCUACUCCCUGCAUUUUAAUGGAUGCCUAUGAUAAACAGCCGACAAUGUCAGGCAAGAGUAAUAUGUUGGCACAGUUGAAACCAGCAGAUAGUAAUCGGUGUAUUGGAACAGCGCUUAGUCAGAGUAUCGCUUUUGCGUUUAACACAUUGUGAUCCAUAUUUUGUACUGAUUUCCCUGUAAAUAUACAUUUAUCUACA